AUGACGACGAGAGAAAACGCUACAGUUGCCCCUUUUGGAAGUUGGAAAAGUCGAAUCACGCCGGAUCUUUUCUCGAAGGGCAACUGCAAGGCGAUUUGCGAGAUCCAGGCUGUUGAUGGUUACUUUCCUUUCGAAUAAUUUCGAAUUAUAUGAUUUGAUUUGAGUGAUUAAGAUUUUAAUCGGUUACCCUUCAGGACUCAAUUUUUGGGGUUCUCGUGUUUUUUAAAUGAAAAAAAUCAAAAAUUAAAAAAAGACGUCGUGUUUUUUUGACAGAGAAAAACUUAGAAAAAAAGUCAUAAAAAAAUGCUUCAAAAAAACUCGUGUUUCGAUUCGAAAUCCAAUUUCUAGACACGGUCUACUGGGUUGAGCAGAGCGUAACGACUGGAAAACGCGAACUUUUCUCGAAGAAAAAAGACGAGGAGACUUUGAGAUGGGCCGAGGGACAUUCCGUUCAGACUUCCGGUAGAAAAAGGACUUUAUAAGCGAAAAAAGGUUGAUUUGAAGUUCACGAAUAUGGCGGCGGCGCUCUGCGAGCACUCUACGAAGGAUCUGUACUUUUCUGCACGAACGACGGGAUUUUCCAACAAAACAGUCCUUCAGAAGCACCCCAGAAGAUUGCCGACACGUGGAAGAUGACUUCGAGGUGAAAUAAUGAUUUUAUGAGCUUCACCUGAGACAGUUCUCAACAAUGAUUUCCCCGAUAAGCAGAUCGGGAUAUUUUUGUCUGAAAGAAGAAAAGAAAAUAUUUUGAUAUCGAGUUUUUUUCUUGAUAAAAAGUUCAAAAUCGUGUUUUCAGAGAUCUUUUAAACAUGUACAACGUCGGAAAGGCUGGAAAAAGGCUUCAUAGAAAUGUUCCUUUUAGGGGGAAAAAAUUUUCUUUUUUGCUGCCUCUUUGCGCUAUUUCAUCGGCUGCUACACAUCAUUUUUGCUGCCUCUCUCUUUUCCCACCAUUUCUUGAGCCUUUAAAACCUCAGAAAACAUGAAAGACUCGAUAAAAAAAGACUCAUUUGGUUGCCUUUUUGCUGCCUUUUCGCAGCCUUUUUUUCCAGCCUUUCUGCGGCCUUUUUGGUGCCUUUCUGCGGCCUUUUUAGAGCCUUUCCCUUUUUAGCGGUCCUAGAAAAAAAGAUUAUAUUGAGUUUUUUUCUUUUUGAUGAACUUACUGAGGAAUUUCUGAGGGGUCCCUAUAGGGUUUUGUUGUUUUAAGGACCCCUAUAGGGGCGUAAUAGAGCCCCCUAUAUGGGGUAAAAAUCUUAGGGGCCCCUAUAGGGGUUCAGGGUCUGACUCCUACGCCCCUAAAGCUUUAGGGUGUCCUAUAGGGCUCCCCAAUUUUUUAUUUCCAAAAUUACAUAAUAGUGUAACUUAAGCCGUGUUUUCAGACAUUUUUAGAAAUCGGUUUUUCUUUUUUUGUGUUGUAUAGUGUGGUAGAACAAUCGAUAAUAUUCCUAUUUUAGUAUACAUAUUUUUACCUCACAAUAAGAUAUAUACACUUUUAAGUGUUAGCGAAAUAACGUGCAAAAACAAAAGGUUUAGACGUCUCUGUAGCCUUCUAUCGAUGUAUAUAUAAAGGAUUUUUUUCAUAUCGAUCAAAUAAGUUUUUUUUUUGUCAGAUACGCCGACUGCGACGUCACCCCGACUCAUAUUUACUGCGUCAAUGAGUUUUUUAAAAGCCCCGAGGAAAAAGUCCCGGAAAAUCGAAUCAUUUCCAUUAAUAGACAAACGAAGGCUCAAACUGUCGUGGUAGGACCUGAAAAAGUUCUAUAAAACUAUAGUUUCAAGGCUUCCGGUGCGGACUUUUACGCGUUCUCGAGAGUUUCUCCAGACGAAAAGAAAAUUGUCUGGAUGCAGUGGAAUCAUCCCAAUAUGGUAAUAAAAAUGAUUGAUCCUUCAAAAUCCUAUUUACUCGGAAAACCAAAAAUUCCAGCCCUGGGACGAAACUUCGAUUCACAUGGCCUCACUGAACGACGAAGGAGGUGCUUCUGAUGAAGUCGUUGUCAAGGACGGAACUGGGAAAGAAGUCAGUCAAUUUUCGGCUUUUUUUCCUCAUCAAAUGCGCCCCAUCGACCAACUGAUUAUUUUCAAAAUGUUUUUCUUCAGAUCAACUACAUGAGUCCCAUGUGGGCCGGUGACGAAAAUUUGUUCAUUGUGAACGAUUCCAGCAAUUUCUGGAACUUGUACGAGGUCGAUACAAAAACUUGUGAGUUCAAAUUUCAGACGCUACUAUUUAUUUGAAUUUGAGUUAUUUUGAACAGAUUGUAUUGCUUGUAAUUCUUUUGCUGUAUUUUGAAAAAAAAAACUUGGUCGCACGCAGAAUGGCUUGAAGCAACCGCUUCGCAGCCGCCACGCUUUGAGCCAUUCUACGUGCGAACAACGGCUCAGCAAUUUGAAAGUUCAACCCUUAGAUUUGUAUCCUUUCAGUCAAUGAGAGAAACUUGCUGCCAAUGAAAAAAGAGCUCGGAUUCCCGCUUUGGGAACUUGGAGCCCGACGAAUUUCCUUCAAUUCCGAGUUCAUGGCGUUUUACAACGGCGACGGGCUCUACGUCGUCAAAGAACAGACCUUCAAACGGCUGCCGAUUCCCGACUUUACUCUUUUCUUGAACGUCACCGUGUCCAACUCGGCCAAUGUCGCUUUUGCGAUCGCUUCUGGUCCCGCCAGAGCCUCGACUUUGAUCCGCGUCGACCUCGAAAAGGGAUUCGCCGAUGUAUGAUUUUUUUCACAUCGAGGAAAAACAAUUCUGGUACCAUUUGCUUCAAAAGUAGAGGAAAAUGUGCGAGUGAAUUCUCAUUUCUUUCAUGCGGUUUUUUUUUCAAUUUAGUAGCAUGGUUUCACGGAAAGAGGUUUUCUGAUAUAGCUGAUUUACGGCUAGCUUGGGACGCUAAGGGGCGUGGUCUCUCUGCACUCUACACGAUCCAGGUGCUAUCUCGUGUCAGGACCCUUUUUUCGAUGGCUCAAGCCAGCCGUGAAUCAACUAUACCCAGACGAGAAAAGUUUUCCAAAAAGAAUCCGAGACGAAUCGGAACGAGAAACAUCUUAGAAACUCCAAAGGGACCCCUAUAGUGGAAACCUUAGGGCUCUCUAGGGACCACUUUACACUAGCAAAAUCCAAAAAGUCUCAAAAGAAACUUUUAGAAAAACGGUCUCAAUGGCUUUUUUUUCCACGCUUUUUCCUCUGUAAAUGACCUUUUAAUGAAGAAAAAGGAGUUUCUAAAGAAUUUUUGGCAUUUUUUCAGAUUUGUGAAAAGAAGUUGUAGACUUUUCCUUUUGAGGCCUUUAUGAGGCUUUCCUCAUGCAGAAAAACUAGUUCACUGAGCUUUUUAGAAUCUUCAAACUCCGAAAUUGAGCUUUAAAUUCGUUUUUUCGUGUUAAAACUUUUUGAAAGAAACCAUUUUUUUUUCAAUUUCAGGAACCUUGUGUGACAAUCAUCCGCGAGUCGAAACCGAGAGCCGAUAUCGAAGCGUUGGGCUCAAUUUCGAUCCCACAAGAACUAUUUUUUGAGUCUGAUGACGUACUUGUCAGCGGCUUCUUCUACCCGCCGGCGGUUUGAAAAUGUCCAUUUUUCGAAAAUUUUAUCGAUUUUUCCAGAGUUCCGAUUUUGUUGGCCCUCCCGGCGAACUCCCCCCAGUCAUUUUAUUAGGCCAUGGGGGUCCAACAGCCGCUACUAAUGGCAUUUUCGACCUGAAAAAACAAUUUUAUACCAGCCGAGGUUUUGCCGUUUUCGAUGUCAAUUAUCGAGGAUCCACUGGCUUUGGAAGCGAUUUUCGGAGAAUGUGAGAACUAUUUCUUUUUUUGACUCGGUUUAUCCUAGAAAUCAAAAAAAGGGUCAAAAACGAAGUUUUCUCUUUUAAGUAUCGUAGAAAAGAUUGUUUAGAAAACCUUACCGCGAAAAACUUAAGUGGCCACUUAAAAGGUUUCUUCGGACCGCUUGAAGAGGGCACUAAAGUGGUCACUAAAACCACCUCUGUAGUAGCCACUUUUUUACGUUUUAGCGGCCACUAUAGGAGUUUUUAGUGGUCUAGUAGUAUCACUUAGACUUCCAAAGAGACCAUUAAAUAUUAGCCACUGAUUCUACUACUACACUACCCACUAAAAAGAAAAACCCUAAAGUGGCCACUGAGCAUCCUUCAUUUUUCCCAGGUCAAGUUUCAAAAAAGAAAUCUCUGUUUUAUUAUUUAUUGACUAGAUUUUUUUAAUAAUUUUAAUUCUUUGCUAAAAAAAAUUGUCCUGAUUACGUAACUAAAACCAAAAUAUAAAUAUUGAUUGAUUGAAGGCUGAGGAAACAAUGCGGCGUCGUGGAUCGGAAUGACAUGAUCAAUGGCGCCAAGUUUUUGGUCGAACAAGGAUUGGUGGAUUCUGAGAAGAUAACCAUCACUGGAAGCUCUUCUGGAGGGCUUCGAAUCCGAUAAAUUGUGGAUUUAUCAAAUGAUUUUAAGAUUUUUACUGCUGAGUUGCCUGAUCCACAGUGAUAUCUUCAAAGCGGCCGUUUCCGUGUACGGCGUGGCCGAUUUGGUGGCCCUCGAUGAGGAUACCCACAAGUUCGAAACGUGCUAUAACCAAUCGCUUGUCGGCAAAUAUCCAGAAGUCGCCAGUGUCUAUGAGGUUUUUUUUUCGUUUUGGAGGGUUUUGAAAUGCGAAAAUCAGCUUUUUCCACUUGAAAACAUGUCUAUAUAGUGUGUCAAGAUUUUGAAAGUCAAGUUGUCGCUCAAGCUCCGCCCCUAAUGGCCCGAUAAACCAAUCAGAGAGUGAGCCAUCCACAGAGCGCUAUCGACGUUGUCGUACUCAACAUUCAAAAUCUUAACUGGGAAAAUUUUUAGUGGCCUCUGUAAGGUUUUGAAGUUCUAGUUUUUACCAUAUUUGUCGAAUUAGUGGCCACUUAAGAAGUCUAAGUGGUAUCACUAGAAGAUUAAAAACUAUUAUAGUGGCAAAACAGUGGAUUCUUUAGAGAUACCAUUUCAGUGACCACUCUAGUGUCCUCUCCAGGAACCUCGAGGAGCCUCUUAAGUGGCCACCAGAGUUUUUUGAAUUUUGAAGUUGAAAAUAUUUGAAAUUUUCUCAAACUUCGCAACUAUGAAAAACAAUUUUCAAGGACUUCUUGGAGAGGACACUAAGUGGCCAUAUUUCUAAAAAAAAAACCACUAAUUGCGUAUUAACGGCCACCGAAGUUUACAGUGGCCUAGUACUACCAUUUGGACUUCCAAAAAGGCUGCUAAACUUUAGCCAUUCAAAUGGCCACUAUUUCGACUACUAUAGUGGCCACUAAAACUUCAAAAACCCUAAAGUUGCCACCAAAAGGUUUCCCUGUUAAUUCAAUUUUCUUUCAAGCUUUUUUCCUUUUCCAAAGCGACGAUAGAAUGAUUCAGGAACGGAACCCCAACAAUCACAUCAAUAAGAUCAACACGCCGAUCGCGUUUUUGCACGGAACGAAGGAUACUGUAGUUCCGAUGGCGCAAAGUAUCUCUUUAUACGAAAAACUGAGGGCCAGAGGCGUCAUGACCGCCUUGAUGCUUUUUGAGGGUAAUUCUUCUUUUCCAUUCCCCUCAUUGAGAAAUUAGAGAAAAGGCGAAUGAAGAAAUCCUUACGCGGAAAGUCGUGGACUUUUUUAACAAAUUCGCUCAAAAAAUGUUUGAAGGUUUAUAUGAAGAUCACUCAUAGUUGCUAACUGCGCGAACUUCUAAACUUUUAGUAUUUGAAAUAUUGAUUUUUGAAGUUCGCGUUUAACAGAGGACUAGACCACACAACGAGGUAAUUUUACUUUGAAACUUGGAAUUUUCUACAAAUUUGCUCGAACAAUCUGUGAAGGUUUAUAUGAACAUAGGAGAACCGAGAAAUAGUAUCGCGAGACCUUCUGAGGUAUAUCGCAGGCUCUAAAGUCUCACGAUGGUACCUCGAGGAUACCUCUGAGGGUUUUGAGCAAAAUGCAAAAUGAGAUGGGCUUGAGGGAGACUCUAAAGUACCUCCGAGAUGGCUCAGAUAUAGCUAAAAGGUAUGCCGGAGGUCUCACGAUGGACAAAUUAUGCUACCUUCUCGAAUCUUCUGUGAAAAUCCAUCGAAGUUGCAAUCCACGCCAGCUUCUAGUCCUUAAGAUAGUUAAUUUUGAAGGUCGAAAAAGUUAAGCUUAAAAUUUACACUUCGUAACUUGGAAAAAUCAUAUCUCAAAAAAGAAAACUGUGCGCAUUCGCUAUAUUAACAUUUCAGGCAGCAAAGAAACCACGAAAUACCCAAUAAAGUCCGUAAUUUUUGAAGUAAAUUUUGCAAUUUCGCGGAAAUCAGCUAGAAACACAGCAUAAUUCAAAUAAAGAAAUAAAACAUGAUUGCAGGCGAAGGCCACGGUUUCCGAACGAGUAAAUCGAUUAGUGAAAGUACGGAGGCGACGUAUUUCUUCUUGGCCACUGCUCUCGGAAUUACGCCUUCAGUGAAAUCUGAGGUGAAAAAUCUAAUUUUGUUAAUAUAGUCUGUUCAGAUUUUAAAUGUCAAGUCGUCGCUCAAGCUCCGCCCAUAAUGGUGCGAUAAACCAAUCAGAGAGCGAGCCAUCCACAGAGUGUUUUUGAAUGACGUCAUUGCACUUGACAUUAAAAAUCUGAACAGACUAUAUUCAAGCUUAUGCCUUUUAUCAAAGUUAUUUCGGAGGUUUCAAAGUUGAUGUGUUUUCGCUUAAAUUUAUUUAGCGGAAUACGCGAAUUUUGAAUUUCGGGAACCGUGAAGAAAAAAGUCGAGUCCUACAACGAGAUAGCGACUUUUUACGCGCGGAUUGGAUUUUUCUCAGACCUUUUUCAAAAAAAAAAAAACGAAAAUUUCAAAUUCGCGCGAAUAAGUUCCAUAUCCCGUUAUAUCGUUGUGUGACCCAACAUUCUAACGGCUUUGCCCGAUUUUGCGUGAUUCACAUACUCAUUUUGAAAAUUUUGUGGAACAUCAAUUUUGAAGUUGCCUCAAAUAUUUUGAAAACAGCGUUCGGAAAAUUAAAGAUUUCAUCUGUUUCAGAUUGAGAUCGUCAACGAGAAAUCUCACAUCUAA